GUGAUAACAUCAGAGAGUUUUUGCUGAGUCUCAGAUACUUUCGCAUCUUCAUUGCCUUGUGGAAUGUCUUCAUGAUGUUCUGCAUGAUUGU